CCGGCGGGCCCGCCCCGCUCCUUCCUCCGCCGGUUGCCAUGGUGCCGCGGCCCGGCGUGCUGUGGGCAGUGGCGGCCGCGGCGCUGGCGCUGCUGGUCCGGCGGGCGGCGGCGGCGGCGGCGCUGGCGGGGCCGGUGGUCCGGUGCGAGCCCUGCGACGCGCGGGCGCUGCAGCAGUGCAAGCCCCUGCGGCCCGACUGCGCCGAGCGGGUGCGGGAGCCGGGCUGCGGCUGCUGCCUCACCUGCGCCCUGCGCCCGGGCCAGCCCUGCGGCAUCUACACGGAGCGCUGCGGCGCCGGCCUCAGCUGCCAGCCGCGGCGGGAGGAGGCGCGGCCGCUGCAGGCGCUGCUGGAGGGCCGCGGGCUCUGCACCAACGCCACGGCGGGCGGCAGGCUGCGGGCCUUCCUGCUGCCGGGACCGCACGCUGCAGGAAAUUCCAGUGAUUCAGAAGAAGAAGACCGGAGUACCAGCAGCAUCGAAAAUCAGGCCAUCCCAAACUCUCACAGGGUGCCAGAUUCCAAAUUGCAUCCACCGCACAUCAAAAUAGAUAUCAUCAGGAAAGUGCAAGCCAAAAAUACGCAGCGCUAUAAAGUGGAAUAUGAUUCGCAGAGUACGGAUACACUGAAUUUCUCUUCUGAAUCCAAACAAGAGACCGAAUACGGUCCCUGUCGUAGAGAAAUGGAAGACACUUUAAACCACCUAAAGAUCCUGAACGUCUUGAGUCCCAGGGGCUUUCAUAUUCCAAAUUGUGACAAGAAGGGGUUCUACAAGAAAAAGCAAUGUCGCCCAUCCAAAGGCCGAAAGAGAGGAUACUGCUGGUGCGUGGAUAAGUACGGACAGCCGCUUCCCGGGUACGACGGGAAGGGAAAAGGAGAUGUCCACUGCUACAACUUGGAAAGCAAAUGAGGACCGGGCGCCGGCUCUUCUGGCACCCGCGCGCGGCCGCGGGACGGGGCAGGGACCUCGGCGGGGCCGGGCGGGCGCCGCGGGCCGCGUUGCGCGGGCAGCGACCAGCUCCGCGUCCCGCGGCCGGCGGGGAGUCGCGGGCGCCGCUGCGGUGCGCCCCGCCGCCGCCGCCGCGCGCUUCCGACGGGACGCCCGGGGAGCUCCGAAUUCCCACGUAAACCUGCACUAUGGAUACCCAGAGAGAGAGAAAAACAAAAGGCACUUCGGAACGGAUUCAGGGAGUCUCCACUGACUUUUUAGAGAACGGCCUGUGACCAAUUUGAUCCCGAAAGAUACUGCUUUUUUAUUUUAAAGAAUUUAUAGAGUGUAAGCUUGUAAAAGUAUUAAAGAAAAAAAAAAAAAACCACCACAAAAAAAAAAACCCACAAAGAUUUAAAGGUUAAUCUUUUUUUACAGGUCUGACGGGAAACUUAUCUUCACGGGUAAAAAGUUUUAUAAAAAUCUCAAAGAACUUUUUAAAGAAACCUAUUUCUAAAAUAAAAGACAUGGCUAUUUUUUCUGUAAAAUAUAUUAUGAAUAUUCUGUUAGUCUGUAUUUAAUAUAAUUGUUUUUUAAUAAACUUUAUUUAAAUGUAACAUGUGAAUACCAAAUACUACACAAUAAUUCUAGUGUAUACUUCUGUAUGCAAAGAGAAAGUAAGGCUAUGGAAUGAUUCACAAAUAUGUAUAGAUCCAUAUGCAUACACACUGACCUAUUCUAGACAGUAGAAAUGAAUUUGUGGAGCGAAGGAAUUGUUUCCAGAAGAGAUUAAGUUUUGUUAUUUGAAGUAACUACAAAUACCAAGAUAAUCUUCUUCUUUUAAUUUUUUUAUUAUUAUUAUUUUAUUGGUAUUUCUGAUGUACCCAUCACUGAAAUAUGCCACUGGAAAUGAUAACAGUUGCACUGAAGCUCUCGGUAAAGCGUUCUUCUGUCUGUCCUUCGCUUCAGUUUGUGCAACAGGGCUUACAUUUCCUCCGUUUCCUGCUCACACUAAUAUAGAAUAUUCAUGGACAAAAAAUUGCCAUUACAGUACCACCCUUUCUAUUUGCUUGUUUAUUUUGAAAAGCUGUAUCUAUUCUGUGUUGUCUUGGUACACUCUACCAAAGCACGUACUCUGUACGAGGAACUCCUGUUUAAAACAAUGCUGACAAGAUGGGGGAUCGUGGACCUGGGUGCUGAGACCCACGUGCUUCAUUUACGCUACACACAGCUGUUGCUUGCUUUGACUUCGGUGGAAAUUAUUUGCCUGCAUCUAAGCAUAGAGUAAGAACCAUUGGGUUUAAAUAUUUAACCCAACUGUCUGCCAUGAUGUUAUGUAUCCUCUUAAUUGGAAGAGAAGUGAUUUGGUUUUGUUCUGGUACAUGAUGCUUUCACAUAAGGAAGACUUUGGCAACAUUUUUUUUUUUUUUUGAGGCUGAUUGUUUACUGAACUUCAUGACAAAUUCUGUAUGACAAUGAAAUCUGGAUAAGGAAAGGUGGCCUGUGAAAUGUAACAUCGCUCUGGAAAGUAAUGCCGUAUUUUGUAUAUGUAUUUAUUUAUAUAUUUUA